AGAAGCCCUGGGAAAUGGAGGUAGCUGCGUCCAUCCAGCUCUGUUACACUCGCCCUUACCAAAUCAAGCAAGAUGAUGUGGAUCAAGUUGAUUGCGUUUGCUGGGCUGAGCUUCAUUGGGGCUGAUGCCGUUCCGUUUGUCCCUUUAAGAGCCUUUAGGCCUGUCGUCGGAAGAGCAUCUCCCAUACCUAUAACAAUCCCGACCACCACGACUAUCCCGCCCAUCCCGAGCACCCGAAAUACACGCCCGUCCAGACCCCCGCGCCAGAGAUGGUCUGCGGUCAGGGUGGUUACUCCGACCGCAACAGCCGCUUCGUCCUGCACUGGGACACCGGCGGGCUCAACUGGGAAGACUGCAUCAGCCUGUGCCUCGAACAGCCCGCCUGCAAGACCUUCUUCCACCGGAAAGGCGUCUAUGCCACCUUCGACGGGACGUAGCCGGACAUCUCCUGGGAGCCAGCCCCGAACAACGGCGAGUCUUGGUCUGAGAGGGGCUGCUUUCAGAACUGAGAUGUUUCGAUCAUCAGAGAGAUUUUGAUGCUGGAUUACAGGUGGUUACCUCUGUACUGCUUGACUACGAUUCGGUUAUGUAGAAGCCAUAUUCAUUCGAUUUGUAUCUCCAUUUCAUGGAUUAC